AUGCUAUUUGGGCUGCUCCACGUAACUGGCUGCUGCAAGUCCACUAAAAAAGAUGGGAUUUUUCUUCUGACUACGCUUCACUUCACCACUCCCCCAACAACCUUAAACCUUCGUGUCUGGCUGGAGUUCGUCAUUAUCCUCCAGACCGGUUCAUUGGGUAACCUCUUUCUGUGCCAGUGCCCUCUUGGAAGGUGCCAGGCGGGGGCUAGAAACGUGAUCAUUUGUCAAUUUGUCAAUUAA